AUUGGUUUAGCAGUAGUUAUAUUAGUACGCACAAACCAUUGGUUAAUCAUUAUUAAGAACUAUACGGAAAAUAUAAGUGAGUAUAAGAGAGAUAUAAAUAUUGUAAACAAAGAGGCGGAGAAGAAACUGAAAUCAAAUAAUCAACCAUUACGAAAUUAAACUGUGUGACAGCUAUCAGACACAAAACCUUAAGAAGUUAAAUAAGGUAAGGUUUUAAAUAAUUGACUUUAAAUUUUCUCUAAUAUUUUUCUACAUGGUGUUGAGUAGCCAUGAAGUCUAAGCGCUCAACGAGUAAAGUACGUAACUCUGAACCUAUCGACGAUAUAUUACGUCAUGUGGGAACCAAACAAUACCUAUUUCUGGAAACACAUAUAUGUACUAUUUAUCGAGUUACAUGUGCCCCAGGGGAAACAUUUUCUGAGUCUAAAGCAAUGUCAUUAAUAGAAAAAUAUCACCGCAAAAGACAAGCACAUUGCAAUGCAGGUCUACUGGAGGAUCGUUUCAGUUUGGAACGUACUAAAACAACUGGGAAAAUACCAUUUCGUCCAUGGGUAUCAUACAAAGAAAUUUCGCAUUUCUAUGUGAGCAACACUAGACCUGAAUAUUUUGUACUAUGCGUUGAUUCUCAACGAAGUUUGCAAAAGUAUUAUGAGAUAUACAAGUGUAAGACACCAGCAAAUGUUAGAAAAGUUGAAGAACUAAUGAGAAGAGCAAUGAAUGAUCCAGACAAAAAACUGCGGGAUAUUAAUGCAUUGAGACAAGUGGCGGUUAAAGACAGUGAUCGAAUUCGUUCUCUGCCAAACUUUGAUGAAGAAAAUAUACGUGAUACAAUGAUCGAAGAUGAAAAUAAUCGAUCUCCUUCACCACAUUAUCAAUAUCCAUCGCCAACACCAGUGCGCAAGUUACCUUCCCCAGUUAUGGUCUCCCCAGUAAAACAAAUACAUGUAAAUGCAGCUGCACCUAGCCCGCUAAUUAAUUAUGAACGUUAUAAUGUUGAUGACUUAGAAAAUGUCACAUACAUUAAAAUUGACCCUAGCAAAGGCCCUAUGAUUGAUAAAGAAGGACCAAUUUACAUGUUUUUCUCAAGGCAAAUGAACAAUUCGAAGGAAAAAAGUCCGUACAACAGCUAUGUUAACCACGAUGCAGCUUCUUGGAAUAAUAUAAGUAGAAAUAAUAACAUAAACUAUUCACCAUGAUGAAUAAAUUACAGAAAAUAAUUUUGUCAGCAGUAUAAUAGAUUUUUUUACACAUACAAAGAUUCACGUAUUGAUAUGCACGCAAACAUAUUAUGAUUAAGUGAAGAAAUUGUAUUAAAACUUCCGUCUUACCUGACUACUGCAUUAAAAUUAUUCAAAAUUAUUACACCUUUAUCAUUCUUAUGAUAUUAUUCAUCGUCCUAUGCUUUACUGAAUGCUUUUCGUUUCGAUUGUUUAUUACAGUUUACUAGUAAACACUCAGGUCAGUAAUACUGUUUCUGCUCAGAUUUAUGUUUCAUUUUCGUUGAAGAUAUCACUCUGGAGACCUUCUAUGCUAGUAGACCGUUUACCACGGAAUCUUUUUCUCUCGCUGCCCUACCCACACAAUAUGAUUUAUCACACGAUGUGAUAUUUCUUAAUUGCCUAAUAAAUUAUGUAGUCAUCCAUUCAGUAACAAAAUUAUGCUUAUGUCUAAAAAAUAAACCAUAUUUUAUAUUAUACUUCGCCUUUAAAUAUUAGCAAAUUAUCGAAAAUUCUGCUUAUUAUGGAAAUAAUAUAACAAUAUUGUCGUAUAUCUUACAAAUAAAUACAUAAAUAUUGUCAUGUUCAACUUUUCUAUGAGAUAAAGAAACUUUGCUUUUCAGAUAAACUGCACUAUUCAUAAAUUUUGAUAGUAUAAAAUAAAAAUAUGUAGGUUCUAU